CCACCUCCUCUUCCCUAGGGGCGCGGAGGCGGCCUAAGUGACUGCGGUUGUUGAGGCGGCCCGCGAGUUCGGGCCAAUCAGCGGCGGGCUGGGGCGGGACUUCCUGCGCGGGGACCGGAGCGGUGCGGUCGCCGGGCUCUCCGUGGUCCCGGCUCGCGUGGCAGCGGCGGCAGCAGCGUCUCCGUGAGGAGGCGCGCGGGGCCAUGACGUCAGCGUCCACCAAGGUCGGAGAGAUCUUCUCCGCGGCGGGCGCCGCCUUCACGAAACUCGGGGAGCUGACGAUGCAGCUGCAUCCCGUGGCCGACUCUUCUCCCGCGGGUGCGAAGUGGACGGAGACGGAAAUAGAGAUGCUGAGGGCUGCUGUGAAGCGAUUUGGGGACGAUCUUAAUCACAUCAGCUGUGUCAUCAAGGAACGGACAGUGGCUCAGAUAAAGGCCACCGUCAAACGCAAGGUAUAUGAAGACUCUGGCAUCCCCCUUCGUGCUGAAUCACCCAAGAAAGGGCCCAAGAAGGUGGCAUCUGGUGUUUUGUCGCCUCCUCCAGCAGCCCCUCCACCCAGCAGCUCCAUUGUCCCUGAGGCCGGGGGUCCCCCCAUAAAGAAGCAGAAGGCUGAUGUGACACUCAGUGCUCUGAACGACUCGGACGCCAACAGUGACCUAGUGGAUAUUGAAGGGCUAGGAGAAACCCCUCCAGCCAAGAAACUCAACUUCGACCAGGACAGCCUGACCCUGGAUUCUGGCCUUCUUAUGACUUCUGCUGACCCUCCUCUACUCUCCCACUGAGCUUUCUGCCUCUGACCCCUCUCACUGUUCGCCCUGGACCUGUGGAUCGUCUGGGACUCAAACGGAGGCCUGCCUGAGAGAAGGUCAAAAGGCUGCUGGGGCUGGGAAGGUCCACCUUGCUGUCCCUGUCUAGGCAGCCAUCUACCCCAACCCCUUUGACUUCCACCUGAUGGACAUUUUUAUACAGAAAACAAUAAAGACUUCCCUCUCA